UCUCACCACUCAGCCGUUCCCACAACACCACCGCAAUCAUGUUCGCCGGACGUGUAGCAUCCAGGACUGCCCGUGUGGCAGCUCCUCGCUUUCAGCUCGCCGCUACCCGAUCCUUUGCUGUCAGCGCCGCAAGGCCUGCAGCCGACAACAGGCCUCCUGUUGAGCUCUUCGGCGUCGAUGGCACCUAUGCCAGCGCUCUCUACGUCGCCGCCUCCAAGAGCAACUCCCUCGAUGCCGUCUCGAAAGCCAUGGAGACCAUGUCGCAAACCUUCAAGGACGAUGCGCGCCUCCAGGGCAUCCUCACCGCACCCACCCUCAGCUCGGACGACAAGAAGCAGAUCGUGUCCGAGAUCCAAAAGAGCAUCAACGUGCAGGACAAGACCAACACCAUCCAGAACUUCCUCAUGACUCUUGCCGAGAACAACCGUUUGAGUGUGCUGGAGGGUGUCGCGGAGAAGUUCGGACAGUUGAUGGGUGCUUCGCGUGGUGAGGUCGAGUUGACCAUCACCAGCGCCACGGCAUUGGACAGCAAGAUCGUGAAGCAACUCGAGACGUCGAUCAGCAAGAGCAAGUACGCCGGACAGAGCAAGAAGUUGAAGGUUGUGACAAAGGUCAACCCAGAUAUCAAGGGAGGCCUCAUCGUGGAGAUUGGCGAGCAGACGAUUGACCUCAGCGUCUCAUCGAAGAUGCAGAAGAUGAACAAGCUCCUUUCGGACUCUCUGUAAAUAUGUACCGAUAAAAGAGCGACCGUGGUAGUUUCGAAAGAAGCAGUUCAUUUGUGAGCGAAGGUCUAUCCUUGAAGAACCGCUGAGCGAUCCAGUUCAAGAACGGCUUGCUCUGGCCGCGAUGAAGAACAGGUCUGACCUGCAAUGGGCGACACCCUACAGACUGUAGCUCUGAUCACGACUUCAUCGCGAUGCGUGUUCUGCUAUGGCGUCGCUAUACAGAGCGUGAAUUGAGCUGUACUUCUUGCGGCUAACGCCUGUAUCUGCACUUCCACACC